AUGCGAAUUACUUUAAUUACACUGAUCUGGCUUCUAGCUAUUAAUCAAACUUUUGCAGCGGCUAAGGCUACUAUUAAGGAUCACUACGUUCGUUCUAUUGCAGAUUACAGUAGAGAUAUUAAGGCAAGAGAUCCUUCCGAAGAGAAGAUUGAUCAUGGACGUUUACUGAAAGAAUGGCAAGAUUGGAUUCUUGCAAAUCCGAUAAUCGUCAAUUAUUUGAACACGUUAAUGGUGCAUACAUCACGACAAGAUUUUGCUCUCAUCGUACCAUCGAGCUAUUCAGUUAAAUAUGUUCAAAGCAUCGGAUCUUUUCAUGCCACUGUAUCUCACUUAGCUGCACAAAUACGUGUAGCUUUUGGUGAUGCUCGGAAAGAUCUAAACCGCGUUCAUGCAGGAAUGGAAAACGUUCCCAGAGAACUGAAAAGUAUGGUUGUUUUUAUCAAACACGCACCAUUUGAAUUGUUGAUGAUGUCAUUUCCGGAUUCAUUCAACGAUAUCGAACGAUUGGUCAAUGAUAGUUUAGGUGCGUUGAAUAAACCUGAGAAAGUCUUUCAGCAAGUAUUAAAUCUUCUAACUGAAAUCGAUUAUCUAUUAAAUAAUACAAAUAAUUCAAUACUUGCUUGGCAAGUGCAUGAUAUUCGAAUUCAAUGGACAUAUUUGACUGAACUAAUUAUCGAAUUAGGCAAACGAGCGCAGGUGACUAUUAAUAGUUUUCUGCUGCAAUUCAACUGGAUUCUGGCCGAAUUUAUUCGACCCGAUAUGGUAUUGAGCGAUUCGAAUCGUAAUUUUAUGCUUUCGUUACUUUUACCGAAAAUAGUUGAAAUCGAUCAAACGUCUGAUGUUCUUGGAUGCAUCACGAAAGCGUAUACUGAGAUAUCAUCGCUUUAUUCUGAUGAGGAAAUGAAUGGUUAUGGACAUUUACUGCAAUUGCCGACAGAAGAACAGCGUAAAUUAUAUCUGAAAAAAUUCCAGCGUGAUUUAGUACCUCAAGUUAUUCAAAAUGCUCGACUUGCACUGCACUAUCAUACACAAUAUCUUCGACGUGAUCGAAAUCGUCGAAAAGAUUAUGAAAAGUUCCUUUCAGAAACGUCGCCUACCGACUUAAUAAAUGUAUUGGGUUGA